GCCAGACUACUCUGAAGAGUCCACAGGAUAUUCAGGUCAAUGUUGUAAAUACAAAUUUCACUCUAAGGUGGAACUACACUGGGAAUGAUACCAAUGUGACGUUUUCAGCAGAAUACUGUUGGUUUAAAAAUCUUGAGACAAAAGAAACUGAAUGGAAGGAGUUGUCUGGGUGUCAGAACGUUACUCGCACGGAAUGUGACUUUUCCUCCGCAAUAACCGAAUACUAUGAUAAAUACCAUGUGCGUGUAAGGGCUGAAAGAAGGGAAGAAGUGUCUCCAUGGUCUAGCAUUUUUGAAAUGAUUCCAUAUUUUAUAGCUCAGAUUGGUCCCCCAGAAAUAGAGCUGCAGUCUACAAAUGGAGUCAUAAAAAUUAAGGUUUCUCCUCCAGAAGCAAAUCAGGACCAAAAAAUGUGGAUAGAUCAUAUACUUUUUAAAUAUAAUCUAGUUAUCUGGGAGAAUUCGUCAAAUGCAGAGCUCAGAAGUCAAAGUAUUUUUCCUAUUGAUGUAAUUGAUGAUCUUGCACCAGACACCACCUAUUGUUUGAAAGUUCAAGCAACUAUUCCUUUGGACUUCCAAGAAGGCUUUUUCAGUCCCAUUCAUUGUGUAAAAACUACCCGUAAAGUGAAUGACCUGCUCUGUGCAACAAAUGUGAGUGUUCUUGCUUUGAAUAUGAAAUUUCAUCUGCAUUGGAAUAAUCAGUAUAAACAACAUGUGAGCUACAAUGUACAGUAUCUCAUUGGGUAUCUAAAGAAGCUUCAUGAUGAUUACUCAACCAAGUGGCUCAAUGUACCUGGAUGUGAAAAUAUCACUGAUACACAAUGCGAUUUCUCAUCUGUCAUGACUACUACUGGAUUUUAUUAUCUCCGUGUGCAGGCCAUGAAUGAAUAUAAUAAAUCAUGUUUGUCUGAUGACAUAAAAGUAGAUCCUCUGGUAACAAAUGAAAUUGGCCCUCCUGGUGUAAAAGUGGACAUCAGUGAUUUUUUGCUCCAUAUCCAGAUUUCUCCUCCGGGAGGAUCUGAGGCUGAAGUCAUGAGAACCUAUUAUGACUUGUCUUACCGCAUUCUGUAUUGGAAGAAUUCAUCGAAUAAUGAGGAGGAAAUAAAAAUGAAAGAGAUAAAGCAGACAAUAGGGACAGUCUCUGAUCUAACACCCUCAACUUUGUACUGUGUAAAAGUACAAGCAUUCUCACAGGCUUACCGCAAAAGCAGUCAUUUCAGCAAAGAGGAAUGCAUCAAAACACCUGGAGAUAAAAUUGUACCUGUGAUCAUUUUGGCAAUAUUUGUAGCUGCCCUGGUUGCUGUCUUGCUUGUGGCUCUGCCACUCAUUUUUGCCCUGUAUCAAGCCUACAAUAAAAUCAAAUACGUUUUCUUUCCAUCAUGCCAGACUCCUUUGAACAUAGAG